CGCGAUCGAACAGCACGCGCACAUCGAGCAGCACACGCACUCCGCCGGUAUUUUUCGGUGAUGACGUUGCCUCGAGCUCGUCUUUCAGAACGUUUAGACAUCUAUAGAAGUGACAGCAAUGGGAAAACGUAUUAUUUUCUUGGUGCUUUUAUUUGUUUCGGCUUCAUUAUCCUGUGUGUGUAGUUUUUCCUUUGGCUCGGAAAUAAGUUUUGUCACGUGCGGCUCAGUGGUAAAGCUGCUGAACGUUGAACACAACGUCAGGCUCCACUCUCAUGAUGUGCGCUACGGAUCCGGUAGCGGCCAGCAGUCGGUGACUGGAGUGACCACUGUGGAAGACAGCAAUAGUUACUGGAGCGUGCGGGGCACCAUUGGGGCAGGUUGUAACCGGGGGACUCCAGUUAGAUGUGGUCAGAACAUCAGGCUCACACACGUGAACACAGGCCGAAAUCUGCACAGCCACUACUUUGCAUCUCCACUGUCGUCCAACCAGGAAGUCAGUGCCUUUGGAGAGGAUGGUGAAGGUGACCAUCUGGAUGAGUGGACUGUACUAUGUGGUGGGUCUGUAUGGCAGCGUGAUGAGUCGGUGCGUUUCCAGCAUACUGCCACAGAAGCGCUGCUGUCAGUGACGGGCGAGCAGUACGGCAGGCCUAUCCAUGGGCAGAGAGAAGUGCACGCGAUGUCCAGCAACAGCCAGCACAGCUACUGGAAAGCCAUGGAGGGUGUAUUUAUUAAACCCAGUGAAACAGGAACCAAAGAUUUCAGCAGUCCGGCACAUACUGAGUUCUGACUGCUUUCACUCCAGCAAACAGUCUGUCUAAUAGCACACUGCGGAUUUCAUGUUCUCUUCGGGUUUGUUACAAAAAUCCUAUACAGAAGGAACUUACGUCCACAGAUAAAUGUGACCAAUCACAUUACUUUAACUUUACAGUGAUAUGAGGGGCAGAGAGACUUCAUGAUAAACCUUUUUUUAUUCACAAAUAUGAUUUAAUUCAACCGUAUUUGAUACUUUUCUAUAAGUUUAUCAACAUCUGUAAUGAAUGAUAGCACAGUGUGUAGCACCUUAGAACUGGAUACACACGUGAACAUAUGUGUUAUGUAUAGAAUCGAGUGCAAAAUUUAGCAUACCCUUAGGAUAAUACAAUGAAGAUGUGUGACUCACAUAUCAUUGCCAAAAACCCCUAAAAAUAGAAAUUUUGGCCAAAUUGAUUGUUUUCCUGUUGAAAGCAUGGUUUAUACUUGAGAUCUGACUUGUAAAGUUUCUUCUGAGCUCCACGGUUCACAUGCAUAGAUGGCUCAUCAGAGUCAAAACUUUCCUGUCCAUCAGGGUCUUCAUUUAAACUGUGCACACACAUUUCUGUGCCUUGAAAUACUAGUUUUGUUCAUGCCUUUAGUUACGUUAAGAUUUUAUUAAAAUAUUGCUGCAAGGUGCCAGUCGCUGUGCUAUGAAGUUUCCUAAUACAGGUUGCCAUGGUAAUAACGUUUACCAGUAUGUAGUGCAGCUAGCAAUCCUGUUGACUUGAUUUAUUUUUCCCUCACGUACUGUGUAUUUAGCAGGCACCCUUAUCCAGAGUGACUUUUAUCUCACUUUAUACAACUGAGCAAUAGAGGGUUAAGUGCCUUGCUCAGGGGCCCAGCAGUGUUUCAUGAAAGAUUAAAAUUCAAACAUUAAUCAUGAUCGUUAAACUAAGUGUUAGUACAGUCUAGAAUCAUCCUCAUGUGAUAUGAGACACAGUCUUAGUUUGAUUAGUAACAUGGUGUUUUAUGGACUAGUUUUGUUUGUAUCGCACCAUGCCGGACAUGUUGCCUUCAUUUCUGAGGACAUGCAAAAAUAACAAGUGACUAUGGGACACAUGCAAACACCAGCCAUCUUGUGUACAUGUCUGUAUAGCAUAGCAAGUAUAAGCCAUUCUUCCAAUGUAUUUUGAUCAUAAAACAUCUAGAAAUUAUGUUUAGGGGUGCUAAACAUUCUACCCAAGUGGAUAUAUCAUCCUAUGACAACUUUUAGCAUUUAUGAACUUAUAACUGGGUGCUAGAUUUUAUGAGGCACUGGGUUCUGUCAGCACUAUUAUGAAUAUUUUUUCCCUUCGUUCCCUUUUUUCUUUCACACAAGAAACACUACCCAUGAACUGCCUUAUCCUAACAUUACAGUGUUAUUUAGUUUAACAUGAACAUUACAGAAUGUUUUUUGCAAGUAUUUUUAAAAUGGUUAAAAUUCUAUUUAUACUUUUAUUUAUUGGGCUAGCAGUUUGUCCAGUGCACACAAUUCAGUAUUAUAAUGCAAACACUCCACACGUAACAAGUCAGUUAACCACAUGAAAAUAAAUAAGAAAACAACCAACAACUUGAAAGAUGGAAAAUGAUUCAACAGUGUAUUAUUUAAUGAGAUUUAUUUAUGUUCAUUUUCUAUUUGGAUUAGAAUUGCACAUAUAAAUCAGAAAAAUAAAAACGUCUUCUGAGAGCUAUGUGGGAUGCAGCAGUGCCAGAAAUGUAGUUAGCAUUGCUUUUAAUUCAUUAGACACUUCUUAGUAUAUCAAACUUUAAAUCCAGCAGAGUAAAUAUUGCAACAUCACAAAGGUAUGAAAGCAUUGCUGCAGUCUUCCCAUAAUUCUUUAUCAUCCUGUUUAAUAAUAAAAAAAAAAUAC